AUGAUAACAAAUACAAAUAUUAAUGUAAAACCACCAAUUAAUCCUCAAUCAAUUUAUGAUUUAUUAAAUAAUUUUAUUGAACAGAUUAAUAUUACAUAUGAUGAAAUUUUAAUAUUACAAGAAUAUAAAGGAUUAAUUACAAAAUUAGUUACAUUAACAUCUUCAAUUAAAUAUUAUUUUAAUGAUUAUGAAAUUGAUAAAUUUCAAAUUUUACCAACAAAAGAUAUAUUAUUCGAUAAAGUGAAAUUAUUUAUUGAAUCAUUAAAACAAUCAAUUGAACAACAAAUUAAUUCCUUUAAAAAAGUUAUAAUAAUAACAUCACCAUCAACAAUAGCAUCAUCAUCAUCAUCAUCGACAACUACAACAACUACUACUACAACAACUACAACAACAGGUGUACUAUCAGAAAUUGAAAAUUUAAAAUCAAAUAUUAAUCAUAAUUUACAUAAUAGUCAAACACAAUUAUUUAUAUUUCAAUUAAUGAUUAUACAAUCAUUAAUAAAUUUAUUAAAAUCAAUUGAAAUAUUAAUUCAAAAUAAAAAGAAUAAAGAAAUAAAUGUAAAACAAAUUAAAGAUUCUAUUAAACAAUUAUUAAUUCUAUUAAAUAGCUAUUACCAAAAUAAACAAUUUAAAAAUAAAGAUGAAAUCAUUGAAAAAUUAAGAAAUUUAAAUUUUCAAUUUUCAACUGAUUUAUUUAUAUCUCGUUUAAUAAAUGAUAUUAUUUAUUUUACAAAUAUAAAUAAAUAA